GAUAGAUAGCCGUACGCUUAACGUUGGUUUCGUUUAGUUCUCGUCGGUUGUUUCAGCAGUGAAGGUGUUUUGUCUUUUACCCGUGCCGGCAAAAGCUCGCAACUCAGCUGGCAGAACAGGCUUUUUGCUUUGUUCGCUCCGCCAUACCGGCCGGAACUGGAGAGCGAGCGCAAGCUGGAACGUGGUUGUGCUUUGCAUACACUGCUUGACUUUCCAGUUAUAGUCUGGUUGAAUACCUGCAUACCUGUUGAAACCACAACAUCGUGUAAAGUCUAAUGUAGUGUGCGCAUUCGAUUGACGUGUGCGUGUUGACUUAGCGAAUGGCUGCGCCUACUUAUUUAUGCAACUUCGUCACUUAUUACGAGCUGAACAGGCCAUGAAGUCAUCACGGCAUCAGAGACCCCAACGUUUGAUCAAGAUGGAAGACUGGCGAGAAUCCCCAGUAAAAGCCAUGUGUUAACUGUUGUGUUUCUUUGUGCAUAAGAUACAGCGGAAAUUUGUCAAAUAAGCAUCAAUAAUGUGCUCCUAAAGUGAAGUUAGAAGAAACCGAAACAGCCAAAAAUUUCCAAGAUUGUCUGUGUUCAUGUUUAGCAAGCGACUGCUGUUGCUGCAGUUUGUGUCGGAAAAGUUUUCUGGAACACGGUGAACCUAAAUUAUGGGAAAAAACUGAUUCUCGGUGAGAGGCUGCCUGCGGGCGGAUGGAAAACUUGUUCGUCACUUCCGCUGUGGACUAUCGGGACCGUGGAGCCGCUUAUGCAGAUUAUACGUGAAAAAAAAAUCCUGUACUAAAGAAAUGAAAAAGAAUCAAAAUAAAACGAUGAACCCAAUCAGCGUCGCACUGACUGUGCUCGCAAUCAUCGGCAUUUCACGGGCGGAUGACUGCGGAGAAAAGUUUCGUGGCAAAUGCCGUUGUGGCCAGCAGAUGUACAACUACCAAACGCGGUACGUCGUCAACUGCACCGACGAAGGCUUCCGAGAUACAACCAUCCUGGAGUAUCUGCCACUGCAGACGGAGGUCGUCAUAUUCACCGGAAACUACAUCGAAGAGCUGCCCUGGAACGUAUUCGGUGCUAUAAACGAUCUCGCCAAUCUGUCAAUUGUCGACAUGAGUAAUAAUCACAUACGAGAAAUCCGCGGCAAGACGUACCAUCACGUUUCGAACGUAAAGCGACUGAUUUUAAACCAUAACAACUUGAGCAUUUCACGCUACGAUGAUGACGAAUACAAUCAUCACCACCCGAGAGUGUUCUCGAACUUUAUUAAUCUUAUGGAGCUGCAUUUAACUAAUGCUUUUUCUGACAACACAUCGGCAGAGCUAUCUGCGGAUCUUCACGAUAUUUUCGUGAGUAGUAACUUAACCAAACUAGUUAAGCUUCAUCUGGAACAGAACGAAAUAUCCAAGUUUAAUGACAAACGGGUGUUCUGCGAUCUCCCAGCUUUAUUAGAUCUGCAUCUGGGUGAUAAUCAACUGACAGAGAUAAAUUUUAACGUUUCCUGUUUAAGAAAACUCCGUUUCCUUGAUUUAGAACGUAACAAAUUCGAGGUUCUUCGACCACACGACAUGGAUAUGCUCGACUCCGUACAGUCACACGAAGGACGGUUGGUCAAUCUUAUGGUGGAUUUUACCUUCAACCCAUUCAACUGCAGCUGUAAUAUAUACCCCAUGUAUGAGUGGAUGCGGAAAACGAACGUAACGGUUCGAAAUCGAGAGAACCUUGUGUGUUUCCGUAACAAGAAGCAUCAGGAACCGAUUCUUUCCUUAAACAUGAAAAAAUGCCAAAAACCACGUUCCGGCAAACGGGACCACACGGUAACAUUGAUCUUUGUUCUGGUCUGUCUGAGUUGCAUCCUGGCGGUGCUCGUUGGGUCGCUGAUUUACGUUAGCAAGGAUAAGCUGAAGACACUGAUAACUCCAGUGGUUGAUCACGUUUCGAAAAAGGUGCACUACACCACCAUCAAAGACGAGGAAGCGCCCGAGCAGUAUGUAUGAUGCAACGCAACAACCCGUAGGUGUCCGCGGGAAGAAUACGUGUGAACAAGUGAUCGAGAUGAAGCCGUAGCAAAGGAUCUAAUCAUAUUCCCAGCCCCAAGUCUAGUAGUUAAGGUUAAGUCAAGUGCUGUAAAUAAUAUUAAAAUUUUAACUUCGUACUAUUUAAAUUACUAGUAACGAAGCAUCAAAUACUAAUGCAACUAACGCUUAAAGCAAGGGAAGGUUAAUAAUGUAAGACAUCGUUAUUUGAAUAGAAAGGAAAAAAACCCUAGGUUUAUUAGUUGACAACAGUAAUUGAAAAUAUUAUUCGUUGUUAGUGUUAACAUCGAGCACAGUCUAAACAACAUAUCCAGCAUUAAGAAAAAUUCGAGUAACUAGUUGAAUUUGAUGGCAAUCAAAACUUACCCACAUGCUUCUGACAAAGCGCAUUUGUUUAUGGAAUUAACAGAAAUAAGAAAAAAAUCGCCAUAGGACACAACGAGUACCAUUGUUGCACAAACAAUUGAACACACUCCAUGCCGUAAGAAUUAACUUUAACUCGUGUCAGUUUCAUCCCGUCUACAAACAUAUAUUGUACAUCAUUCACAAAGUUGAAAUAAUGAACAAACUUUCCUGCAUACUGUAACAGUUACUUAAGUUAUAUAGAAAACUUUCUAAUAAAGAUUUAUUGAAAAUAA